AUGGAAACCCAGGGAGAUCUGCUGCUGAAAAUGUCUGGUUCAAUUGAUACAUGGGAGGAGAAGCUGCAGGAUCCAACUGCGACUCCAAUUUUUCUGCCAUUUGAAUUUUUGAAAGCCAUCACAUGUGAUUUUUCGGUUGAGCGGGAACUUGGCAGAGGUGGAUAUGGAGUGGUUUACAAGGGAGUUCUUCUGAGUGGGCAAAUUAUUGCUGUGAAGAAGCUUUUUGACUUACACAGGCUGGAAGAUGAGAUAUUCCAGAAGGAAGUCCGUUCUCUCAUGGGGAUCAAGCACAAAAAUGUGGUGCGGUUUGUUGGUUACUGUGCAAAAUCAAGUUGGGAAGCCAUAGACCUGCGAGGAAGUGGGAAUUAUAUUUUUGCUGAAACACGAGAAAGAUUACUCUGCUUUGAGCACAUAUGUAACAAAAGCCUUGACAAGUAUAUCUCCGAUGAAUCUUCGGGCCUCGAGUGGAACACGCGAUAUGAAAUAGUUAGGGGAAUUUGUGCUGGUUUGCAUUACCUUCACGAGAAAUGCCAUAUUGUUCAUCUGGAUCUGAAACCUGAAAAUAUAUUGAUGGAUGCUACUAUGGUACCAAAAAUUGCCGAUUUUGGUCUGUCAAGGAUCUUUGGUGACAAGCAAUCCCGAAUCAUCACUGUGAAUCGUCCAGGAACACAUGGAUAUAUGGCACCAGAAUACAUACUCCAAGGUGUAGUCUCCAUCAAGGCAGAUAUAUACAGUUUGGGUGUAAUAAUUAUCGAGAUGCUCACUGGUUCUAGAAACUAUCCCCUGAGUGCAUUUCCAGAUCUCCAACACUUCAGCAGGGACAAUAGUUCCCAAAGUACCAGCGCACCUUUCCAGUGCUUCAAAGAGAAAAUACUUGAAACUUGGAGGACAAGGCUGCCGAAAUCACGGGAAGACAGGAUGUUGGAACAAGUACGUGUAUGCAUCGAGUUAGGGAUACAAUGCGUUGAACCUAACCCAGGUAAUAGACCAGCUACGAAGUAUAUGAUCGAUAGGCUUGAUGAAGUGAGUAUUAUCGAUGUAUCCAUCAAAACUAGUGUGAGCAGGAUUUCAGCAGUAGUGCAGGCAGGUGAAGCUUCGGAUGCUCCACAGGAAGGAGAUAAGAGGUCCGAGAUGAGUCCCCGCCGAGAGGAGGCCUAUGAUGGACAUCAUGCAGAAUUGACAGAUACUUAUGAAAAUAUGGGACCAGAAAAGACCAAAUCUGAGAUCAAAGUAUUGUUUCAUAGUAUUCCAGAUGAAGCUAAUAAACAUAAUGUCCUGGAGAGCAUGCUGCAUAAUGGAAGUGUUGAGCCUACAUGUCUUGAGUUAUCACUCUUAGCAGAGAUCACCAAUAAAUUCUCUGAAGACCAUGAGAUUUCUAGAAGUCGGUUAGGAGUGGUUUACAAGGGAAAUCUUUCAAAUGGGGGUACUGUUGUUGUGAAGAGGCUCAGAAUUGCACCUGAAAUUGGUGACUUACUAUUUCUUGACGCAGCUAAUUCCCUGACUAGUGUUAAGCACAAGAACAUAGCACGGUUUCUAGGUUAUUGUGCUGACAUACAAUGGAAGGUGAUAAGGGAAGGCGACAAAAUCAUUGCUAUUAUGAAGCGAGAGAGAUUGCUCUGCUUCGAAUAUCUACGUAACGGAAAUCUUCAGAUGCAUCUUACUGAUGGAUCUGGUGGAUUUGACUGGCACACAUGCUAUCAAACAAUUAAAGGAAUUUGUCAAGGCUUGGAUUAUCUUCACAAAAAUUGUAUUUCUCAUAUGGAUCUCAAACCAGAAAAUGUACUGUUUGAUGAGAAAAUGGUGCCCAAAAUAUUGGAGUAUGGUUUUUCAAGAGUCUUUAGUGAAGAGAUAGGACGAACUAUCCUUAAAGACAUCGAUGGAGCGCUGGCAUACAUGACAACGCCGGAAUAUUUGGCUGGUGGAGAAAUCACACUUAAAUCUGACAUAUACUGUUUAGGAGUUAUAAUCAUGCAGAUAGUAACUGGACAAAACAAUGAGAACUACUCAAACAUAGCGAGUAUAGUUGAAAGUUGGAGGAGUAAGUUGGAACUGGACGCAACUAAGGGGUACACAUUCGAAGCAUCUUACCGGCAAAUAAAAGUAUGCAUUGAUAUAGGGGUAAGAUGCAUGGACCAUGACCCGAGGAACAGACCCAUUACACGUGAUAUCAUUGAUUGGCUUGAUAAAGAGGAAACAGAACUGCCAGUCAAAAGUGACGUAUGUGAUUCAUCCUCAGAGCAGAUGAUUUUUACUUCCAAAGCAACAUUGCAACCAUCAGGAGAGGAAUUACAAGCGUCACCAGUGCCAAAUGCACCAAUGGUGCUACAACCGACGGGCGUUAGGAUAGUGCUUAAGGUGCCGAUGAACUACAGUAACAGCAAAUCACUCAUCUUGCGAGCUAUGUCAAAGGUCAAAGGGAUCCAGUCAUUGACAUUCGACAGCAGCGAGAGCACGCUGACGGUGGUGGGAAACGUGGACGUGGUGGUGGUCGUGACGGCGCUGCGCAAGAUGAAGUACCUCGCGCAGAUAAUUAUGGUGGAUGCCACAGAGAAGGUGGACAUCCCCGUCCACGACCAAGAGCCUGACUCCCGCACUAGGAGUCUGUGGAACCUCAUCUCACGUGGAAAGCAGAAGUUCCUCCAGAAAUAG